AUGUUACGUGAUAAUCACCAAACUCUGUCAGGCAAUUCUCCCCCCUUAAUUUCCAUAGAGAACAGUCAAAUCAGCACUAUUUCAAAAAUACUGGUUAAUUCAUCUCUAGUAAUGACUACUGACUUUGCAAAAUGCAAUCCUGACAAUGUCGACUCAUCAAAUGAUUUUCCUCCGGAAAUGGAUAACGAAGUUUUAGAAGCAGAUCUUGAGGAAAAACAGCGCCUAAUAAGUCAGAUUUUGGAGCUACAACAUACACUUGAGGAUUUAUCCACACGGGUAGAUGCUGUGAAAGAAGAAAAUUUAAAAUUACGUUCUGAAAAUCAAAUUCUUGGUCAAUAUAUUGAAAAUAUGAUGGCGAAUUCAUCAGUUUUUCAAUCAACAUCACCGCGUAUUGAUGAAAAUAGGUCACGUUCAAAUAAAAGAGUUGGAAGAUGA